AUGGAUACACACGAGACUUCGACAAAUCACUACGCAACCCUUGGAGUUUCUCCUAGAGCCGAUGCAAGGGAAAUCAAAUCUGGAUAUCAUCGCGCUCUCCUCCUUGUCCAUCCCGACAAGCAUUCACAAGGAGACGCGUCAGACGCUGGUCCUCGAAUUGCAGCAAUCCAGGAAGCCUUUCGCAUACUGUCAACGGAGUCGCUCCGCAAACAAUAUGAUGCUAGCUUACAGGUGCCGCACCAAUUCCAUGUACCGAGACCGGCUCAAAUCGUAUCCUUGGAGGACUUCGACGAGCAGCCCGAGUAUUGGCGCUAUCCUUGCCGAUGUGGCGGGGCGUAUAUCGUCAGAGAGGCGGAUAUGGAAGGUGGUCGCCAUUUGAUUGGGUGCAAUAGCUGCUCAGAAACUGUCUGGGCCGGUUAUGAACUGGCGGAAGCAUGAUCAUCAACCUCCAUUCGUUCAGCUGGUGAAUCCUUGCUGGAACGACAAGAAAUCAGUGAUGGACCACUAACACAAGAUAUUGCAACCUCAGCAGCGAAAUCCGACGGCGCCCCAAGACCACCUCACUCAAUCUCGAUGUGAUCUCUCUUCCACAUGUCAAACAUUACUUCCCUGAGCUCGCGGGCAAUGGCAGCAGAAACCUGCCAGGGAACCGCGUUCCCGAUCUGCCGAUGCAUCUGCAGGCAGCCGUUAGAUUUGGUGGCCCAUUAUCCACCAUGCUUCACUCACGGUCUUCACAUAUUCCGUCUUUCCGACUUUCUCUUCAUAGUUCUCACUGUCACUGUUUUCCUCGUCCUUUUCUUUGCACUCUGCGGCGACAAAAUGAAACCGGUCCGGG